AUUUCGGAAUUUAAAAAAAAAAAUCGUAGCAAAAAGUUGGGAUUAUAAAAGACAGGGCACUGUGCGUAAUAUUCACUCUACUUUUCGUUGCUUUCAGUUAUUGGCUGUUGACUCAAUCUCCCUCGGUGCUCUCUCUCGCUCGCGGCUCUCUUCUCUACGGGCUUUACAUUGCACACCAAAUGAAUUUUGAGCUCAAUUGGGAACAGCCGCCUUCUGUUUUUGGUUCUGAUCUGGGGUUUACGAACCGUGGGAGAUUGAGGUAUUUUUCACAAAAGAUUUUCUUUUGGCAUUGGACUUGGCCCGUUUUUUACGCGUCAGGUUUUUUGUUUUGAUUAUACGAUUUGAUUCUGCUGCUUUACUUGAAGAAGCGGAAUCACAAAUUUUGUUGUUCAUUUUCUCGUGAGCCAUAUUUGUUUGUUAUUGGAUACUGAGACUCCAAGUUUUGGAUUUUUCUGAUGGGGAAAAACGCAUUACCCCCGGGGUUUCGAUUUCACCCCACCGAUGUAGAACUUGUUAUGUAUUAUUUGAAAAGAAAAGUAUUAGGCCAAAAGCUCUUGUUGAAUGUGAUUGCUAAAGUUGAUGUUUAUAAGUUUGCUCCCUGGGACUUGCCUGAUAUGUCCUGUAUGAAGACUGGGGAUCUUAAAUGGUACUUCUAUUGUCCCAUCGAGAAGAAAUAUGCUAGAGGGGAUAGGGUGAAUCGAGCUACUAUAUUCGGCUACUGGAAAGCCACGGGAAAGGAUCGGCCCGUGAAGUACAAUGACGAAGUUGUUGGAAUGAUCAAAACCUUGGUAUUUCACAAAGGUAAAGCUCCACGUGGUGACCGAACAGACUGGGUUAUGCAUGAGUAUAGGCUUGAAGAAAAAAUAUUGGCUGACAGAGGGCCUGUUCAAGAUAUGUAUAUGCUUUAUGUUGUUUUCAAGAAGGAUGGUCUGGGCCCAAGAAAUGGUUCCCAAUACGGAGCCCCAUUCAAGGAAGAGGAGUGGAGUGACGACGAGCAGGCAGAUUUGCCUGGUGCUGGUUCCCUUUGCGGCCUGUCUACAGUAGCUGUUGGUGGUGAUAAUAGCUCCUGUGUCCCCGAGAGUGUAUGUGUUGGGCCUUCUGUUGAGUCAAGUGGGUGGUGUACACAACCAUCGAUGAUGGGUCAUACUAAUGGCGAUGUUAAUGUCACCACUGCCAUUGAUACUAAUGCUUAUGCUGCCCCUACAUGCCCGGAUGCCCCUGAAGUUCAAGUGGUCGCUGUUGCUGAGGAUGUUCCUACAUUGUUGGAGGCGCCUCAACCUGCUCUGGUUCCUCAAGAUCAAGAAUCGAAUGAUAACAUGUUAUCUAUGUUGGAGUACUUCUUUGAAGAGGAUGCAUUUGGUACACAUGAAGGUCAGAGGAGGGGCAAUGCAACUGAUUCUUCCUUCAAGGAUACUCCUGUUUCUGAUGAGGACGAUAUUUCAAAUUUGUUGGCCUCUUUUACUGAUGUCGACAAUUCAAAUAACUGGUCUUAUCCUUUUUAAUAAAGUAAUUGUUUCAACUAUUGGAACUGGUAGCAAUGUUUGUAGACUUCUUAGGAAUAAAUGCUGUUGUUUGGUUUACCAGUGUCAUUGACUUGUUUCUGUUUGAUUAUCAUGUUGUGCUCUCUAUACAUUUUCUUUAAUGGAAUGUCUGGCAUAUUAUUUGUGAA